CUGAAAAAAAAAAAAAAGAAAAAGAGUGCGACAAGAUUGAUAAAGAACAAUUAAGAAUCUGGCAUGCGAAUUAGGGAAAAGGUAACUCCUUUAGAACGAAUCUGUUGUGUUGUGCUGCUGUCAGGAUUCAAUUCCCGCUGACGAAAAAUUCACCGUCUUGUGUUGUGGGUUCCUAAAAGAUGGGGCUAGCUCUUGGUUGUCUUCAAGUGGACCAGUCAACGGUAGCUAUCAAGGAAGUUUUUGGGAAGUUCGAUGAUGUGCUUGAACCCGGUUGCCACUUUGUGCCUUGGUGUCUUGGCAAUCAAGUAGCUGGUUACCUUUCUUUGCGUGUGCAGCAGCUUGAUGUUUGUUGCGAAACCAAGACGAAGGACAACGUCUUUGUCACCGUUGUUGCUUCUAUCCAAUAUCGAGCACUUGCAGAAGGUGCCGUAGAUGCAUUUUACAAGCUUAGCAAUACCAGAGCACAGAUUCAAGCCUAUGUCUUUGAUGUUAUUAGGGCAAGUGUUCCAAAGAUGGAACUAGACGCCUCUUUUGAACAGAAGAAUGAAAUUGCGAAAGCUGUAGAGGAAGAACUUGAAAAGGCAAUGUGUGCUUAUGGCUAUGAGAUAGUUCAGACUCUUAUUGUGGAUAUCGAACCAGAUGAGCAUGUCAAGAGAGCCAUGAACGAGAUAAAUGCUGCUGCGAGAUUGAGGGUGGCUGCAAAUGAGAAGGCCGAGGCGGAGAAGAUUCUGCAGAUUAAGAGAGCAGAAGGAGAAGCGGAGUCGAAGUAUCUAGCAGGGCUUGGAAUAGCCCGUCAACGCCAAGCCAUAGUUGAUGGCCUGAGGGACAGCGUGCUAGCCUUCUCAGAGAAUGUCCCUGGGACAACAUCAAAGGAUGUCAUGGACAUGGUUCUGGUCACCCAAUAUUUUGAUACAUUGAAGGAAAUCGGUGCAUCCUCAAAAUCCAAUUCUGUUUUCGUUCCACAUGGACCGGGAGCUGUUAAAGAUAUUUCUUCACAAAUUAGAGAAGGUCUUCUUCAAGGAAAUGUGGCUUAAUCUUGAAAUUUAGCAUUCACAUCAGUGGACAGUUGAGUUUAGCCUCUCAACUUUAGCUGCAUAUUUUCUUGUUUUUGCCAUGACUUCUAAGCUGUUUGGUAUGUCUUCAAUAUUUUUCCUUUUUCUCUUUCCAUUUGGUUCCAUUGGAAAACAUGUCCCCAUAUUUUGAAUGUUUGUUAUAUUACAACA